AGCAGCAGUAAGAGAGAUGAAACAGUGAAUGCUCAAGCUGACUAGGAAGCCAAGCCAUGGCGUGGGUGGACAAGUGGACCGGCUUGGGGUCGGCGCUGGCGAGCUUCCUCUUCCUCUGGUCCGUGGUGCAAAGCCACCUCCCCGCCGCCUUCCACCACCGCCUCUCCACCUGGGGCACCAACCUCGCCUCCUGCUUUAGCCCCUACCUCCACAUCACCAUCUCCGAGUACGGCGCCGAGCGCUUCAGCCGCACCGACUUGUUCCUCGCCGUCGAGGCCUACCUCUCCGACGCCUGCGCCCGCCGCGCCCGCAGGCUCCGGGCCGAGCUCGGCAAGGACAGCAGCAACCUCCAGGUCUCCGUCGACGACAACGACGAGGUCACCGACACCUUCAGCGGAGCCAAGCUCUGGUGGUACGCCGCCAAGAACCUCCCCAAGUCCCAGGUCAUCAGCUUCUACCCCGGCGAGGAAGAGCGCCGCUUCUACCAGCUCGUCUUCCACAGGCGCCACCGCGACCUCGUCGUCGCCUCCUACCUGCCCUACGUCCUCGCCGAGGGCCGCGCCGUCACCGUCCGAAACCGCGAGCGCCGCCUCUUCACCAACAACCCCAGCAGCAGCUGGAACCCCUACCGCACCAGGAACGGCGUCUGGAGCCACGUCCCGUUCGAGCACCCGGCCACGUUCGCCACGCUCGCCAUGGACCCAGCCGACAAGGAGGCCAUCGUCGACGACCUCGAGGCGUUCCGCGAGGCCAAGGACUACUACGCCAAGGUCGGCAAGCCAUGGAAGCGCGGCUACCUGCUGUAUGGCCCCCCGGGCACCGGCAAGUCCACCAUGAUCGCCGCCAUGGCCAACUACCUCGACUACGACGUCUACGACCUGGAGCUCACGGCGGUGAAGAACAACACCGAGUUGCGCAAGCUCUUCAUCGAGACCACCGGCAAGUCCAUCAUCGUCAUCGAGGACAUCGACUGCUCCGUCGACCUCACCGGCAAGCGCAAGGACAAGAAGAAGAAGCCCGACGACGGUGACGGCAGCGACGACAAACCCAAGCUGCCGGUGGAUCCCGACAAGGACGACAGCACCAAGGUCACGCUCUCCGGGCUGCUCAACUUCAUCGACGGCCUCUGGUCGGCGUGCGGAGGCGAGCGCAUCAUCAUCUUCACCACCAACCACAAGGAGAAGCUGGACCAGGCGCUGAUCCGGCGAGGCCGGAUGGACAAGCACAUCGAGAUGUCCUACUGCAGCUUCGAGGCCUUCAAGGUGCUCGCCAAAAACUACCUGGAUAUCACCGAGCACGACCUCUUCGGCGAGGUUCGGCGGCUGCUGGAGGAGACGCAGAUGUCGCCGGCGGACGUGGCCGAGAACCUGAUGCCCAUGUCCAAGAAGAAGAAGAGGGACACCGACGCAUGCCUGGCGGCUCUAGUGGAAGCUCUGAACAAGGCCAAGGAGGAGGCGGCCGCCGCAAAGGCGAAAGAGGAAGCGGAGGCCAAGGAGAAGGCGGAGGCGGAGGCAAAGGAAGCCAAGGAGAAGGCGGCGAAGGAAGCCAAAGGAGAAGAAGACAAAGGGAAGGGCAAAACGUCAUUGUCCACUGAAGCCGAGAUGAGCAAUGGUGACACAAAAGGAUCGGAUGCGACAAAUGACAACUAAUGAAGGUAGUGAGCUUGUUUAUUAGUGAUGGAGAAGUCUUAAUUCAAUAACGCAGUGACCUUUCGUACCCAACAUGGGAUCUUCCUUGUGUUUUGGUUUGAGGUCACGUGCUUUGUAAACUUAUCUUACUUUUUCUUAAUGAAAUAAUCUCUCCAUUCCAAAUUAUAAA